CGCCGCCUUCCCGCGGCGGGGAACGCCGCUCUCCGCUCCGCCGGCGCGCAGACUCCUUUUUUUCCUCCCCGGGAGGGUGUCGCCACCUGGAUCGCCAAGUGUGAGGGGUCCGGGAGGCGGGGACCGAGCGGGGCACCGUGGCCGGCCAUGGCUCAAGCGGCCAAACAGCUGAAGAAAAUCAAAGACAUCGAGGCGCAGGCCCUCCAGGAGCAGAAGGAGAAGGAGGAAUCCAAAAGGAAGCGGAGGAACCGCUCCCGUGAACGAAAGAAGAAGGCCGAUGCUGCUACCAGCUUUCUGAGGGCAGCAAGAUCAGGUAACUUGGACAAAGCUUUGGACCACCUGCGGAACGGGGUAGACAUUAACACCUGUAAUCAGAAUGGGCUGAACGGCUUGCAUCUGGCCUCUAAAGAAGGCCACGUGAAGAUGGUGGUCGAACUUCUGCACAAAGAGAUCAUCCUGGAAACGACAACCAAGAAGGGGAACACGGCGCUGCACAUCGCCGCCCUGGCGGGUCAGGACCAGGUGGUGCGGGAGCUCGUCAACUAUGGCGCCAACGUCAACGCCCAGUCACAGAAAGGCUUUACACCCCUGUACAUGGCAGCACAAGAGAAUCACUUGGAGGUGGUUAAGUUUUUGCUGGAAAACGGAGCUAAUCAGAAUGUAGCCACAGAAGACGGCUUCACCCCUCUGGCCGUGGCCCUGCAGCAGGGCCACGAGAACGUGGUGGCGCACCUCAUCAACUACGGGACGAAGGGGAAGGUGCGCCUGCCGGCCCUGCACAUCGCGGCCCGCAACGAUGACACGCGGACGGCCGCGGUGCUGCUGCAGAACGACCCCAACCCCGACGUGCUUUCCAAGACGGGAUUCACCCCCCUCCACAUUGCAGCUCAUUACGAGAACCUCAACGUGGCCCAGCUGCUCCUCAACCGGGGAGCCAGUGUCAACUUCACGCCCCAGAACGGCAUCACGCCGCUGCACGUUGCUUCCCGCAGGGGGAACGUGAUCAUGGUGCGGCUUCUGCUGGACCGCGGGGCCCAGAUAGAAACAAGGACCAAGGAUGAAUUGACACCUCUCCACUGUGCAGCUCGGAAUGGGCACCUGCGAAUCUCAGAGAUCCUGCUGGACCACGGGGCGCCCAUCCAAGCCAAAACCAAGAAUGGCUUGUCCCCAAUCCACAUGGCGGCUCAGGGAGACCACCUUGACUGUGUCCGACUCCUAUUGCAAUACAAUGCAGAGAUAGACGACAUCACACUGGACCACCUGACCCCGCUCCACGUGGCUGCCCACUGCGGCCACCACAGGGUGGCCAAGGUCCUUUUGGAUAAAGGGGCCAAACCAAACUCCAGAGCCCUGAAUGGCUUUACCCCCUUACACAUCGCCUGCAAGAAGAACCAUAUCCGCGUCAUGGAGCUGCUGCUGAAGACGGGGGCCUCCAUUGAUGCUGUCACUGAGUCUGGCCUGACACCCCUCCACGUGGCCUCCUUCAUGGGGCACCUGCCCAUCGUGAAGAGCCUGCUGCAGCGGGAAGCAUCGCCCAACGUCUCCAAUGUGAAAGUGGAGACCCCGCUACACAUGGCAGCCAGAGCAGGACACACAGAAGUGGCCAAAUAUUUGCUCCAGAACAAAGCCAAAGUCAAUGCCAAGGCCAAGGAUGACCAGACCCCACUUCACUGUGCAGCUCGCAUUGGCCACACAAACAUGGUGAAGCUCCUGCUAGAAAACGACGCCAACCCCAACCUGGCCACCACUGCCGGGCACACCCCCCUGCACAUCGCGGCCCGAGAGGGCCACGUGGAAACGGCCCUGGCCCUUCUGGAAAAGGGGGCGUCCCAGGCGUGCAUGACCAAGAAAGGAUUUACCCCUCUCCACGUGGCAGCCAAGUACGGGAAGGUGCGCGUGGCACAGCUGCUACUGGAGCAUGACGCGCACCCAGACGCCGCCGGGAAGAAUGGCCUGACGCCCCUGCAUGUCGCCGUGCACCACAACCACCUGGACAUUGUCAAACUGCUGCUUCCCCGGGGCAGCUCCCCGCACAGCCUGGCCUGGAACGGCUACACCCCUCUGCACAUCGCUGCCAAGCAGAACCAGAUGGAGGUGGCCCGCAACCUGCUGCAGUACGGGGGCUCGGCGAACGCAGAGUCCGUGCAAGGCGUGACACCCCUCCACCUGGCGGCCCAGGAGGGUCACACGGACAUGGUGGCUCUCCUGCUCUCCAAACAGGCCAACGGCAACCUGGGCAACAAGAGUGGACUCACUCCCCUUCAUCUGGUCGCACAAGAAGGUCACGUUCCAGUGGCAGACGUGCUGAUCAAACAUGGUGUCACGGUGGACGCCGCCACCCGGAUGGGUUACACUCCACUCCACGUGGCGAGCCAUUAUGGGAAUAUCAGGCUGGUGAAGUUCCUGCUACAGCACCAGGCGGACGUCAAUGCCAAGACGAAGCUCGGAUACAGUCCCCUGCACCAGGCAGCUCAACAAGGCCAUACAGACAUCGUGACACUGCUUCUCAAAAAUGGUGCUUCCCCAAACGAGGUCAGCUCGAAUGGAACCACACCUCUGGCCAUAGCCAAGCGCUUGGGCUACAUUUCUGUAACAGACGUGCUCAAGGUUGUCACCGAUGAAACCAGUGUCGCGUUGGUCAGCGACAAGCACCGGAUGAGCUUCCCCGAGACGGUGGAUGAGAUCCUGGACGUCUCUGAAGAUGAAGGAACUGCUCAUAUAACUAUAAUGGGGGAAGAACUUGUUGGCUUCAAGGCUGAGAAGCAGGAUACCAGGGAUAUAGAUGAAGAGAAAGAGCUGCUGGAUUUUGUGCCGAAGCUGGACCAAGUGGUGGAAUCCCCAGCCAUCCCUCGGAUUCCUUGCGUCACACCUGAGACAGUGCUGAUCAGAUCUGAAGAGCCAGAGCAGGCGUCUAAGGAGUAUGAUGAAGACUCGCUGAUCCCCAGCAGCCCGGCCACAGAGACCUCAGACAACAUCAGCCCGGUGGCCAGCCCUGUGCACACAGGGUUCCUGGUGAGCUUCAUGGUGGACGCCCGCGGGGGCUCCAUGCGGGGCAGCAGGCACAAUGGCCUGAGGGUGGUGGUCCCGCCCCGGACGUGCGCAGCACCCACUCGCAUCACCUGCCGCCUGGUGAAGCCCCAGAAGCUGCCCACGCCGCCCCCGCUGGCCGAGGAGGAGGGCCUGGCCAGCAGGGUCAUCGCCCUGGGCCCCACGGGAGUCCAGUUCCUGAGCCCUGUCAUCGUGGAGGUCCCCCACUUCGCCUCCCAAGGCCGUGGGGACCGCGAGCUCGUGGUGCUGCGGAGUGAAAACGGCUCCGUGUGGAAGGAACACAAGAACCGCUACGGAGAAAGCUACCUGGAUCAGAUCCUCAAUGGGAUGGACGAAGAGCUGGGGAGCCUGGAGGAGCUGGAGAAGAAGAGGGUCUGCCGCAUCGUUACCACCGACUUCCCCUUGUACUUCGUGAUUAUGUCAAGGCUCUACCAGGACUACGACACCAUCGGCCCCGAGGGGGGCUCCCUGAAAAGCACGCUUGUCCCCCUGGUGCAGGCCACCUUCCCAGAAAAUGCUGUCACCAAGAAAGUGAAGCUGGCCCUGCAGGCCCAGCCCGUACCCGAUGAGCUGGUCACCAAACUCCUGGGCAACCAGGCCACGUUCAGCCCCAUUGUCACCGUGGAGCCGAGGCGCCGCAAGUUCCACCGCCCCAUCGGGCUUCGCGUCCCACUGCCGCCCUCCUGGACGGAUAACCCUCGGGACAGCGGGGAGGGAGACACCACCAGCCUGCGGCUGCUCUGCAGCGUCAUUGGAGGGACAGACCAGGCCCAGUGGGAAGACAUCACGGGGACCACCAAGCUCAUGUACGCCAACGAGUGCGCCACCUUCACCACCAACGUCUCUGCCAGGUUCUGGCUGUCGGACUGCCCUCGGACGGCUGAAGCUGUGAACUUCGCCACCCUGCUGUACAAGGAGCUCACCGCGGUGCCCUACAUGGCCAAGUUUGUCAUUUUCGCCAAGAUGAACGACCCCCGAGAAGGGCGACUGCGCUGCUACUGCAUGACGACAGAUGACAGGGUGGACAAGACGCUGGAGCAGCACGAGAACUUCGUGGAGGUGGCCCGGAGCAGGGACAUAGAGGUUUUGGAAGGAAUGCCCCUCUUCGCAGAGCUCUCCGGGAACCUGGUGCCCAUCAAGAAGGCCGCGCAGCAGCGGAGUUUCCUCUUCCAGUCUUUCCGGGAGAGCCGGUUGGCCAUUCCUGUCAAGGUGAGGGACAGCAGUCGAGAUCCAGCAGGGUCCUUGUCAUUCCUGCGCAAGGCGAUGAAGUACGAGGACACGCAGCACAUCCUCUGCCACCUAAACAUCACCAUGCCACCCUGCACCAAGGGCAGUGGAGCCGAUGACCGGAGGAGGACCCUGACGCCACUGGCCCUGAGAUACAGCAUCCUCAGCGAGUCCACAUUGGGUGUCCUCAGCGGCGCAGACCGGGCUGACAUGAAGAUGGCUAUUAUAUCAGAGCACCUGGGCCUCAGCUGGGCCGAGCUGGCCCGCGAGCUGCAGUUCAGCGUGGAUGACAUCAACAGGAUCCGCGUGGAGAACCCCAACUCCUUGCUGGAGCAGAGCGUGGCCUUGUUGAACCUCUGGGUCAUCCGUGAAGGCCAAGAUGCAAAGAUGGAGAACCUGUACGCGGCCCUGCGGCACAUCGACCGCGGCGAGAUCGUGAACAUGCUGGAGGGCUCGGGCAGGCAGGGCCGCAACCUGAAGCCCGACCGCCGGCCCACGGACCGGGACUACUCGUCGUCCCCCUCCCAGAUGAAUGGUGAGUGUCUCCUGGACGAAGGGGCCGAGCCGCCGCCUCCUGACCCUCCCUGGAACCUUCUCUCCCGGUGACCGGAGACGUCACACUCUGAAUGCUUCUGUGCUUCCUGGCUGCUCUGUCGCCUGUCAGCCCUUCUGAACCCCCUCGUCCAGCAGGUGUCCCGGCAAACGCAGGCCGUGUGCCCUGUGUGCACGCUCCCCCAGGCCGGAGCAGACGCUCAGAAGCAGACGCCCGCUUGGUCCAUCCUGCCUUUCUGGGCACCAGAGCUGGCUUCUGUGUAUUUUUCCUGCCUUCUUUGCAGUCCCAGGAAGACCAUCCCACAUGUGGGUGCCCUUCUGGCCCGGAGAGAAGGAGCAGGAGGGAUCAGAGGUGGAAGGACAGGGGGACAGCAGCCUCCUGCGCUUCCUCUGGCUUUCUGUCCUGGGCCGGCCCAGGCCUCUGCGCCGAUGGCCACGGCGGCACCUUGCCUCCUCUGUGCUUUACCUCGUUCUCUGCUCGUCUCAGCCUCCCUGUGGGCACUCGAGGCAGGGACUGGUUGCUCUGUGGUGUCAGGAAGAUAGGAACCUGAGGUCUCUUGUCCUGCCUUCCUGGCUCUUCUUGCUGUGUUUGCCUGGACUGGCCAGAGCAGAAGGGGCUUUAAGUCAAAAAGCAAGUUUGCUUCUCUUGCACAGGAGGGAACUACCCCAGGCCCUUGGAAUAAACAUGAAAAAAAAUUGCCCGUGGAGCGAAAAAAAAGCAUGUUCCUAAAAAUAAAACAGAUUUCUCAUGUAAAAGGAAAAAAUGGACAUCUCACAUCCUGUUUGGUCAACUCCAUUUGGUGUGAUGAGUUGGACACAAUGUCUACUUAGAAAUACAGUAUGUCUCAUUUCUACGGACUCUUAGUGAACACAGCUAGUGAAGUGCGGCUCCUGCCUGAGUUAGGGUUGUCUGUCCACCCUUGUCUGGUUUGCUGCUGACAUCAAACUAGUGGGGGCAGCGUUAGGCCUAGGUUAACAGAGAUCCAGUGUGACAGCCCAGAUGAGGGGAGGCUGGGGGGCGGGCCACUGCUGGACGGCUCUGCUCCAAAGCUGUGUGUUUGGUUGCCUGUUACCUGAUUUCCCCAAAAGGCAACCCCAGAGAGGAGAGCUCUAGACUGAGGGAUGGGCUGGUGACCCAGGUAUGGCAGGGCCACGUGAGACUGCCAGAGAGACAGGCACUUCUGGAGCUCAACCCAGGGGACUCAGCAAACCUUCCUGUGCUGUGGUCCACCCCAGACUGUGUGAGACGGCCCUCGCUGAGCAUGGCCCCUAUGAGCAGUAAUCCCCACUCCACUGAGUAUGGACACCUACAGCCCCAGAUCCACGCUUCGGGGGUGAGAGUGGGGUCAGCGGGGUCUUCUGGAGACUGAGAGGGAGCAGGGGGCGUAGCCCCUAAACACUGCGACCAGGGGAGGGCCUCCAGGACAAAACACAAGGCAGAAAGAAGUCCUGGGGGAGGGUUGCACAAGUUCCCUUCAUGGACACAUUUUUGCUUGGGUGAAAUUCCAUUCACAUGAACCCCAGGAAGUUUCAAGGUGGAAAAGUCACCAAGAAUGAGCCUCGGGUGUUCUGUGACCAGCAGAGUUACCCUCUCCCAGCCUUUAUGAAGUCUUACUGAGAUUCCCAGGAGUGAACAUGUUUAUCCGGCCGUAUCUGAGGGACUGUCUGUGAUGCAUCCACUUCUGGCCAAGAUGAGGCAACAGGGACUGAAUAUACGCUCCUGCUUGAAAGCAAAAAAUGGACAAAUUAUAUGAAACAACGGUUUUCGAGACAUUGGACAUCAGGCAGCAAAGGACAGUGAUCUAUGAGACAUGGAAAAUAAGUGAGGUGAACCCUACAGUUGCCUAGAUCACUGCCUCGAAAGAGUUUCUAAGUCAUGGCAGAAGGAAGAGAAAUCCAAGAAGACUCCCUGGUUCAGGAGAAGUCGCUGGGAGUCCAAGGAGACCAGGGCAGCUAGAGUUCCCUAGAGAGACAGCUGCACACAGAGAGAGCUCUGGAGACCUCCAGAAGGUUCCCCGCAAGUUUUGGUUGAAUAUUCAUCAUCUGUUCCCAAUAGGCAGACUGAUCGUUCACAGACACUGCAUAGGGAGCACAGAAUGGUCCUGUCUCGGAAAUGGAGAGUGAUUAGCCCUAGGUUGGUCAAUGCUCCUACCUAAUAAACCUUGAAAGCAAAACUCAAAAGGAUCAAACUGUUUCCAAGGAACUCAACUACAUAACAGAGCAAAGUUCAAGAAUUGUUAUAGGGAUACAAAAAUACCCAGCACCCAACUAGAUAAAAGUCACAACAUCCAAUUAAAGAUUACCAGACAUACAUACAAAGAGGCAGGGAAACACAACCCAUAAUAAGGAGAAAAGUCAAUCAACUGAAACUGACGCAGAUAUUAGAAUUAGCAGACAAGAAUGGUAAAGCAGUUAAUAACUAUUUCAGAUGUUUAAAAAGUGAAGUAGAGACUUGGAAGAUUUUUUUUUUUUGACUGUGUUGGGUCUUCAUUGCUGCGCAUGGGCUUUCUCUAGUUGCAGCGAGCGGGGGCUACUCUUUGUUGCAGUGCGCAGGCUUCUCAUUGUGGUGGCUUCU